AUGAGUGCGCAAGACGACAGUCCUGCCAGCCCACGGCCUGUCGCACCCCCCGCUGCCGCCAUCCUCGAGCCGAGCCAGCUUGCGGUGGGGGAGCGUGCCCCCGCCUCGCACGAGCGACGCGCCAGCGCACCCGCAGCACCGCCGAGUAGCUCUACCGCAUCACCCCCAACCGCGUCGCCCGCCGACGCCCUUCCUUCCGCCGCACCUGCGCCAGCCUCGCCCCAAGACCUCGCCCGCCAGCUCGCCUCGUUCCGCGUUCAGCCUCCAGUUUCGGACUCGCCGGCCAACCCGACCGAGCGAGACGUCGUCGAGCGGGAGGGCCAGGUCGACGAGGAGGAGUGGCUCCUCAAGACGAUCGCUUUCCCGCCUCUUCCGCCGACGCCGCUCGAGGCGAGCCCUGACGACGGCGACGUGUCGCACCAUCACGGCUUCGAGACGGACGAGCGCCUGCGGGUCAAGGUCGUGUGCCAGAACGCCAAUGGGCCCUGCUCGCUCAUCGCCCUCUGCAACAUCCUUAUCCUUCGCGGCGACCUCGACGUCGCACCCGGGCGCACGAGCGUCACGUACUCGUACCUGUCAAACCUCCUCGCCGACUACUUCCUCCGCGCGUCCUCCUCGUCCGCCGCCACCCCGUCCGGCCACGAGCUCUCGCUCGAGGCGGCGCUCUCGAUCCUCCCCCAGACCCGCUACGGGCUCAACCUCAACCCUCGGUUCGACCGCAUCGACGGGUUCGCCUCGCCCCCGUCCUCGUCAUCGUCGGCGGCGGCGACCUCGUCGGGCGAGCUCGCCCUGUUCGCGCUCGCGCGCAUCCCGCUCCUGCACGGCUGGCUCGCCGAUCCGGCCGAGCCCGAAGCCUACGACGCGCUCGUCGGCGAGGAAGGGUGCCGAGACUACGACACGGCGCUCGAGCGCGUCGUCGAGGGGGCAGAGGUGGCCGGUGGGGCAGGACGGCUCGACGUGCGCGAGGAGGAGCUGAGUGACGAGGAGAUGGUCAGGGAGGCGGAGUUGAGGAGUGGGUGGACGGAGGAACAGGCGCGCAAGGUUCGACGAGCCUACCUCAUCAACACCUUCCUGUCGUCUACCUCGACGCAGCUCACCUACCCUGGCCUGUCCGCGCUCUGCACCUCGCCGUCCCUCCUCCCUCCCUCCGGCCUCGCGGCCCUCUUCCGCAACUCGCACCUCUCCGUCCUUUACCGCCGCCCGACUCUCCCUUCCACGUCGUCGCCCUCGGCCUCCACCAGUGGUCCCGAGCUCUUCACGCUCGUGACGGACGCGGCGUUCGCGCGCGAGGAGGGCAUCGUGUGGGAGAGCCUCGAGGACGUCGACGGGGCCGAGUGCGCGUUCUUCGACGCGGCGCUCAGGCGGAGCAGUGUGAGAGGAGGGGACUGGGUCGGGUCGGGUGGGAGCAGCGGCGGCGGCGACCACAGCAGGAACAGGGACGAGCGGGUUGGGCGCGACGAGGGAGUGCACGAUGCGGCCGACAUCGCCCUCGCGCAGCAGCUUCAAGCCGAGGAAGAUGCUCACGAGCGCCGCCUCGUCGAGCGCUCACGAGCCGAGGACGCCGCGCGCUCGUCCGCCCGUCCGUCCUCGCCCACCUCGACGCCGCUCGCGCCUCCUGCGCCGUCGUCAGCGCCCGUUGAACGGGUGCGGGUCGACGAGUCGAGCGUGCCGCCGCCGCCGCGCCGAGGAGGAGCAGAAGCGUCGGGCAGGAAGCUGAGCCGGCGCAGUGCAGGGUCGGCUGAGGGGCGCAAGAAGGAGGACAAGUGCCUCGUCAUGUAGAUGUGUGUGGGGCGUCGUCGUUAUCGUCGUUGUUGUGCUGUCAUUUGCAAGG